AUGGCGCGAACCAACGGGGCCAGCCUCGACAGCAUUGACGAGGUUGAAGACCAGCUCAAGGAUGUCAUCCAGGGCCUAUACCAGGUCAUGGUUCAGGUGGCACACUACGACAACGCCGGCACCGCAAACAGCAAAGAAGUCGUCGCCAGCGAGCUCAAGUCACUGUCGUCGACGCUUCAGAACAUCCACAACACGGCCGCCGCGCCCUCGACGCGCCUCCCCCACGUUCCGGUCGAGCUCAUAGCAUAUGUCGAGAACGGCCGAAAUCCCGACAUCUACACGCGCGAGUUCGUCGAGAUGCUGCGCCGCGGCAACCAGCUCAUGCGCGGCAAGACCCACGCCUUCGAGUCCUUUCGUGACAUACUGGCCGAGGAGAUGCGCGCCGCCAUGCCCGAGGUGCGCGAUGACGUCGACAGGGUCGUUGCCGCCACGACAGCCCCCAGCGCCGCCGCCAAAGCCACCCCGGCCCCUUCAGCGCCGGCCACCGCACGCGACAGCAAUGGCAGCAACAGCAAUGGCAGCAACAGCAACAGCGCACCGGCCACUGCGCAAUUCGCUGCCACCCGGCAGACUUAG